AUGCACACUCUUAACUGAAGACUAGUCCCAGCUACGCGCAGUGAGACUGAACAGCUAGCGCACAACCGCUUCUCCAGUCGUACCCAUGGCCAUGGCGUCCAAAAGGUGUAGGGGCCUCCUGUUGGUGAUCGGGGUCGCCGUAGCGAGCGUGCUCGCGUCUGGCGCGCCGCCUGUCCAGCCGCCGCGUAUCCAGGCCGACGUCGUCGUGAUGGGCUUCGUGCCCUGCAACGAUGGCACUUCCAUGAGAACGGGCUCUGCUCCAGGGUUCGCAGGCGCGGUGGUGCAGCUGCGGUGCACGGACGGCGCCGACCUGUCGGCGAACGCGACGACGGACGGCAAGGGUAGGUUCCGCAUGGCGGUGAACACGACGGUGGCGCCGUCGAGCGUGGCAGGCCACUGCGAGCUCGUGGUGGGCACCCCGCUUGCCUCCUGCAACGCGACGCUCCCAGCGUCCGGGACGCUCCGCUCCGGCCUCCGGCUCCUCGUCAGCAUGGUCUUCUUCCCCCGGGGCUUCUCCUACGUCGCGCCGUCAGCUUAGUUUAAACGAAAUGGGUUCACCUGCCUUCGUUCGCACUACAAGAAGCCCCAUGAAUUCGAUCCGGAGGUGAUUUGGAGCUACUUGUGCCCGACUUAACUGAUAAAAGUGACGGAAAUAUCAAAUAGUAAAUAAAAUUUAGAACUUAUUAGUGUCCAAUAAAGCGGGGAAAUUAAAAAAUUUCUACAUGGCGUGUGUGCGAUG